AUUGCGUCUUCUUCGAUCCCCCGCGAUAAUCUAUUCGACUCUACCGUUGGAAAGAGUCGUCUGGGGCCAUAAGAUCCGACCGAGAACAUUGGGGUUGCAGAACUGCCCACUACACCUGCCCGCGACCGCUCCAUUGGCGUGCGCAGCGCCCCGCACAACACACCAACAGAGCUUGCGUUCCAUACUCUUCGCGCGCUUCACGUUUCUUAUCUUACUAACACGCUCUCUCAUCAGAUUUCCACAUCACAAUGGGUUACGAAGACUCAGUUUACCUGGCCAAGUUGGCCGAGCAGGCCGAACGUUACGAGGAAAUGGUCGAGAACAUGAAGGCCGUUGCCUCUGCCGACCAGGAGCUUUCCGUCGAGGAGCGAAAUCUCCUUUCCGUUGCCUACAAGAACGUCAUCGGUGCUCGCCGCGCGUCCUGGAGGAUCGUCACAUCCAUUGAGCAGAAGGAGGAGUCCAAGGGCAAUGAGACCCAGGUUGGCCUCAUCAAGGAGUACCGCCAGAAGAUCGAGGCAGAGCUUGCCAAGAUCUGCGAAGACAUCCUCGAGUGCUUGGACGGACAUUUGAUCCCUUCUGCUGAGAGCGGCGAGUCCAAGGUGUUCUACCACAAGAUGAAGGGUGACUACCACCGUUACUUGGCUGAGUUCGCCAUUGGCGACAAGCGCAAGACCUCCGCCGACAAGUCUCUCGAGGCCUACAAGGCUGCCACUGAGGUUGCCACCACAAGUUUGGCCCCUACCCACCCCAUCCGCCUCGGUCUUGCCCUGAACUUCUCGGUCUUCUACUACGAGAUCUUGAACUCCCCAGACCAGGCUUGCCAGUUGGCCAAGCAGGCUUUUGACGAUGCCAUUGCCGAGUUGGACACCCUCUCUGAGGAGAGCUACAAGGACUCCACUCUCAUCAUGCAGCUCCUCAGGGACAACCUUACUCUCUGGACUUCCUCCGAGGCCGAGACCUCCAACGAGCCCGCUGCCGCUGCUGAGCCCGCCACAGAGGCCCCCAAGGCCGAAGAGGCACCCGCUGCUGCCCCCGCCGAAGAGACCAAGGCUUAAUUUUCCAGCGUUCUCUUUGGUGACCAAAAAAAUGAAUGGGGUUUACGGGUCGGUGCAUUUGGGACGGGUUAAUCCAUGACGCCUGAUCGAUGGUUCCCGCGGCCAUGGAGGGUGAAGGGUGCUAAGGAAUAUGGUUCAUUAGACU